GCAGGUUCCGCAGCUUCAGGAUCUAUCGCAGCAGCUGCUACCCCUUCAGAUCCAAACGCGCCCUACAUGUACGCGACCUUUGCGGAAACGGUGUCGACGAAGAAUCUGCGGGAGUACGGUUUCAUAGGCUGGAUUCAGAGCAGCUUGGACAACGAGAUCAUGAAGUCGGAGAAACGAUCGAGGGAGAAGUUUGAGCAGCUGUUCGGGCUCAUCCUGGACUGGUCCGCGUUCCCAAAAGUGGUGGUGAAAACCGUCAUCCCCAAAGCUGCCGACGGCGAGACCCCUUCCAGAGCGACGAAAGCGGGCAUUGUUGUCGGCGACCAGAUCGUUUUGCUUGCGGGAACCAGGGUUACGUCCGUCGCCACCAUGCAGGGGACCAGUAUCGAGGGGGCGGUGCUGCUGGCGUCCGCGGGGAAAUUGAAGAAAAAAGAACCCUAUCAAAUGUAA